UGACAGCCACAUGGAUUGUUAAGCGAAAAUACUCGAAAGAUCAAGGCCGCCGCUCCAAGUCACGAGCUGAGAGGGCGAUGGAGGGCGGCGCCAAGACGACGCAGCACCACUUCGUGCUGAUCCAUGGCGUCUGUCACGGCGCGUGGUGCUGGUACAGGGUGGCCACCGCCCUGGAGGCUGUCGGCCACCGCGUGACGGCGCUAGACAUGGCCGGGUGCGGCGCCAGCCCUGGCCGCGGCGAGGAGGUGGCGUCCUUCGAGGUGUACAGCCGGCCGCUACUGGAGGUGGUGGCCGUGCUACCGGAGGGCGAGAAGGCGGUUCUCGUCGCCCACAGCUUCGGCGGGCAGAGCCUCGCGCUGGCCAUGGAGACGUACCCGGAGAAAGUCGCCGUGGCCGUGUUCGUCACGGCCACCAUGCCCGCCGCCGGGAAGCCCAUGACAUACGCCUUCAAGCAGCUGUCACAAGGGAAAGGGCCAGAUUUCUUCAUGGAUUGCACACUUGGAACCACUGGUGAUCCCCAGAAUCCGGAUAAGACAUUUCUCUUCGGACCAAAGUACAUGGCGAGAAGAGUGUAUCAACUGAGCCCUCCAGAGGAUCUGACCCUGGCAAUUGCCAUGGUGAGGCCGUCACGACGGUUCCUUAAUGACGAGACGAUGACGGGGAACGUCCUGACUGCAGAGAGGUAUGGCGCAGUGAGGCGUGUGUAUGUCGUGGCUGAAGACGACGAGUGGAAACCGGCGGAGAUGCAGCGGCUUAUGGCCUCAUGGAACCCCGGCACCGAAGUGAUGGGGUUGCAGGGAGCUGAUCAUAUGCCCAUGUUCUCAAAGCCGAGGGAGCUCUCAGAAUUACUCAUGGAAAUUGCCAACAAGUAGAGUUGAUGAUUUCAGAAACAUCCUCCGCUUAUAAAGCUGGUCAUCAUUGUUGCCUGUAAUCCAUAGCUGUCUCCGUUUUUUCCUUUUUACCGUUGCCUGUUGAAUAAGCCCACCGGUGGUGGAGCGAGUCUGUAGGAGCUCAAGUGCAUGGUUGCAUGCAGAGCGCGUCUGUAGGAGAGUGUGCGCGGUGUAUGGAGCUGAACAUGGGAUGGCAUGUUCACGAAAGGCGGCAUGCCGUGCGUAUAGGAGUCGUUGGUUAGCUUCUAUUUGUAUUCAGCAAUACAAGGGAAAAACGCUGCCUGUUCUU